AUGAAAACAAGCUUACAUGUUGACGUGGGCGAGGGCCGAACACAUCUUAUUUUCGUCAAAUCAGACGAUAAUAGUUUAUAUCUAUAUCAUAAUUUGGCACGUUAUAAAGAAUUUAAAGAAUUUCAAAAACGUAUUCUUGUUGCAACAAAUUUAUUUGAACGUGGUAUUGAUAUUGAACGUGUUAAUAUUGUAUUUAAUUAUGAUAUGCCAGAAGAUACAGAUACAUAUCUUCAUCGAGUUGUUCGUGCUGGUCGAUUUGGUACAAAAGGUUUAGCAAUAACAUAUGUUGUUAAUGAAAGUGAUCUAGCAAUUCUUAAUGCAAUUCAAAAUCGUUUUGAAGUACAAAUUACUGAAAUGCCCAAUGAAAUCGAUACAGAUACAUACGUCGAAAAUCGUUAA